AUGCCGCCUUUACCUCCGUCGCAGAUCCUCGUGCUCGGGAUGCACCACGCGGGCACGUCGAUCGUCGCAAACUUGACCAUGAUGCUGGGCGCCAACGGCGGCACGCUCGAGGGCAUGCUGCUGCACCCAUCGAACCCGCUCAAAUACUGGGAGCGCGCCGAUGUGGUCGGCCUCGAUGAGGAGCGGCUGGCUGCGGGCGUGGAUGCGGCCGCGGCGCGCUACACUCUGCCUGACUGGGUGGCGUACGGCUUCGAUGCCGACAAGCCGGCGACCAAGGUGCACUCGACGGCGGAGGCGAAGGGCGUCGUGGCAAAACUCAACGCCCAGCGACCGUGGGUGACAAAAGACCCGCGCAUGUCCCUCGUCGCCUCGGAGUGGGUCGAGCUGCUCGACGCGCCCGCCUGCGUCAUCGUGCACCGCGAGCCCCUCUCCAUCGCCAACUCGAUGAUGAUCUACUCGCACAACGUGUCGUACGCAGAAUGGGCAGCGGUCUACGAGGCGUACUACGGCGGCGUUGCGCGCGCCUGCGCCAUCGUGCCCACCGCCGUGGUCCACCACGAGGAGCUCAUGGCGCGACCAUACGCCGCGCUGACAAGACUGCACGCGGACCUCUCCGCCCUCGGUGUCGAGCGGCUCACCAUGCCCACCGAGGAGCGCAUCAACGCGCUCCUGCGCCCGUCGCCCAAGACGUCGGUCACCUACCUCGCCUCGGAGCGGAAGGUGCUGGGCGCGGCCGCGCCAGCCCUCUCCGACUCCAUCUUGCGUGGCGAGGUCGUGAGCCGCCCCGCUUCGCCGUGGCUCUUCAUCCCGCUCCGCAAGUCGCAGGCCUACGCCACCCUCCUGACGACGGACAACAGCGACUACUUCCGCGGCGCCAUGGUGCUCGGCUCCUCGAUCCGCUCCUUCGAUUCAGCGCGCGACAUGGUGUGCCUCGUCACGUCGUCGGUGCCCGAGGAGUGGCGCUCCGCCCUCACCGUUGCCGGCUGGACAGUCGCCGUCGUCGACGAGGUUGCCGAGUUUUGGUUUGGAAAGUCCGAGGAGUGCUCCAGGUUUGACAAGGACCAGGGCGAGCGGUGGGGCCACAUGGCCACCAAGCUGCGGCUGUGGCAGCAGCUCAAGUACAAGCGCAUCCUCUACCUGGACGCCGACACAGUCCUCACCGGCGAUGCUUCCGACGCCUUUGACAAGGUCAAGGGCUUCGCCGCCGAGCGCGCCCGCUUCCACUCGUACUUCAACGCGGGCGUGAUGAUGCUGUCGCCGUCCGAGGCCACCUACCAGGACCUGCUCGCUGAGGGCAGCAAGGAGCACAAGAACAAGUUUGGCAACGUGAUCGACUGCACCGAACAGGCCCUCCUCAACUCGUACUACGACGGCUCCACGCCCGAGCGCGGCGUCACCAAGCUCGCCAUCGGCCGCGCUGACGUGGCCAACGACUGGCAGGCCGCCGGCGCCGGCGCGCCUUUUGCCGUGCACUGGAUCACGCACUCGUGCCCCAAGCCGUGGGUGGUCGCCGACGGCGAGGAGGCGGUGCCGUCCGACUGCGAUGCGGUGAUGUACGCCUACUGGAAGCGCGUGUGGGACCGCCUGACCUCGGCCACCGAAGAGUCCUCCAAGGGCAGCAUCGGCAGUCGGCGCCCCAAAGUGCGCCGCAUGCUGCGCCGCCUCGCGGGCGUCAGCGCGGGCCACUCGACGGCGCAGGCCCUGCAUUGCGAGUACGAUUGCCCGCAGCCCCCACCGCCGCCGCCAUGCCAGCCUGGCGUAACCUGCGUCGGCGGCCCGUGCUCGCUCACCGACGGCGGCUCGUGCGCCGCGUCGCCAAACUAUCCGAACAGCUACGGCAGGAACGAGGAGUGCACCAUCAGCGGCGUGCCGCCGGUCGAGCUGGAGACAGUCGCAUUUGAUGUGGAGCAAUGCGGCAGCUGCGGUUGUGACUACCUCACCGUCAACGGCACAAAGUACUGCGGCACCUCGGGGCCGAAUGGCGCGGUCUGCUGGGCGACCCGCCCGCCUUCACCGCCACCAGCGCCGCCAUCACCGCCUUCACCGCCAUCACCGCCGCCUCAACCGCCUCCACCGCCAACACCGCCAUCACCGCCGCCGCCGCCGCCGCUGCCGCCGCUCUCCCCCGGCUUCGAUGUCGCCGCGGCGACCGAGAACGAGCUCCGCUCCCUGAUCGAGGACGCUACUUCAGCUGCUGCCAACGUCUCCAUCUACCUGCCGCCCGGCGACGUCGAGAUCAUCGAGUCGGUCGUGAGGGACUGCUCGGCUGGCGCUGACGGCGGCGUCGUCUACUCGGCGAACAGUGGUGCGGUCUCGAUAACCAGCUCGGACGUGUCGGGCUGCUCUGCUACCGAUGACGGCGGCGUCGUCUUCGCGUCUCGCAGCGGUGCGGUCUCGAUAAUCGAGUCGAACGUGACCGACUGCUCUGCUGGCUAUGUUGGCUUCCAGCCCAAGUUCAAGAUCGUGGUCAGCUUCUACCAGGUCGUUGCGACGCUCGGCCCCGUCUACGGCGUCCGCCUCCACGAGGACUUUACGCGCUGGACCGACUUCAUCGACGCGAUCAGCUUUGAUCUGCUCGGCCUCACCUACCCGGACGCGUGCAUCGGCUCGAUGGCUGACCGGCUCCUGCUCGCCGGUCUGUGGCCGUUUGCAGCCAUGCUGCUCGGAGGCGCCGCCAUCGCCUGCUACGCACUCGCGGAGUGGCUUCUGUCUGGUCGCGCCGGCAGCCUCCGUCGCGACCUCGUCCGCUCUACGCUGCGCCGCCUGCUCUACUGGGCCAUCCUCGUCGCCUACCUCGUGCUGCCCUCCGUCUCGCGCUCCAUCUUCAAGGCGAAGCAGUGCGAGUCGUACGACAUCAACGUCUUCACCGGGGACACACGCAGCUAUCUCGUAGCCGACCUCGACGUGCUCUGCAGCACCGACGAGCACCGCGGCCUCGACGCGUACUUUUGGGCCUUCUUCGUCCUCUGGCCGGUGCUCGUCCCGCUAGCCUUCCUGGCGCUCCUGCUCUCGAUCCGCUCCGAGGUGCGGGCGCAGCGAGUCAGGGCCACGGCCCGAGCCAGCCGUUUCCUCUGGCGCGACUACGACCCGCGCUUCCUCUUCUGGGAGGUCGUCGAUCUGGGCCGCAAGCUGUCUCUCGCUUCACUGGUGCUCUUCAUUCAGACAGACACCGGGUCGAGCAAGAUCCUCCGCCUCUUCGUCGCCUCUGUCGUCUCGGCCCUCUACCUCGCCGUCCUCGCCCUCGCCCGACCCUUCAAGCGAUCCGCCGACCUCUACCUCGCGUGCACCGCCAAUCUGUUUCUCGCCUGCUGCUUCACCUCCGGAACGGUGAUUCAGCUCUGCGAGAGCGCCGCCUACGAGGACAUGUGCAAGACCCUCGUCGGCUUCGAGAGCGCGCGCGGAGCGAGUGAGUUUGUAAUCGCGCUCACCGCCGCAAUGCUGGCCGCGUCGCUGCUCGUCGUCCUCUUCAAGAUAAUCAGCGCCGUCCGCGCGCCCACCAUCCGCCUCUGCUCCUCCGGCCGCCCCCCAGUCCUCGAGCUGUCCCCCGAGUGCCACUUCCACGGCUUCAUCUCGCACGCCUGGGGAACUGGCCAGGACCAGACGCACACCGUCGUGCGGCGACUCCAGCUUCUUCUCCCCGGCGUCCGGAUCUGGCUCGACGUCGACAACCUCGAGGACGUGGGCAAGCUGGAGGAGUCAGUGGCCGACGCGAAUACCUUCCUCGUCUUCCUCAGCGCCGGCUACUUCAAGAGCUUCAACUGUCGCCGUGAGCUGUACGCGGCGCUCGGCAAAGACCGGCCCUUCAUCCCCAUCUUCGAGGCAGACGUGGCAAAGGGCGGCGCCUCGAUCGAGGCGUUGAAGGCCGAGUGCCGCGAGAACUGCGUCGAGGUCGCCCCGCCCGCCUACCCUUCCUACGGCGGGCCAGACGAGAUGAUCGCGCGCGUGUUUGAGGAGGCGAAGCCGAUCGUGUGGGUGCGGGUGAACAUCUUUCAGCUCGUGUCGCUCAAGGCUGUCGCGCUGCGCAUGCUGCUGCACUCUCCGUACUACGCGAGCCGCCCGGCCGAGCUUGAAGCGGGAGUGAUGGUGCCCGGCGAGGCAGGCCCCGUUGCCUUUAGCGGCCCCGUCACUAUCCUCGUGUGCCGCGGCAACGAGGAUGCCUUUGGUAUAGCAGAGGAGCUCAAGAAUGCGGCGGUGGAGGGGCGCGGCUCUACCGCCAGCGCCGAGGCGGUCGAGAUCCGCGAUGCGGAGGAGGCGCUCGAGGGAGCCAACGCGGCCCCGUGCGAGGGCUUCCCCGUGUUCCUGCUCUACUUGAACGACAAGACCUUUCUUGACGCCGGCGGCGCUGUCGCGCGCCUCGUGCAAGCGGCGAUGGACCAAGGCAUCACCAUCGCCAUGGUCCACGAGCAGGAGCCAAGCUGCGGCGGCGUUCCUUUCGGUCGCUUCUUCCAGCAGACGCCGCAGGUGCUGCAGCGGCCGCCGUACAAGCUGUUCGACACGGUGGCGGUGGCGCUCUACCCGGCUCCGGAGCAUCGUGAGGUGAGCAGCACCCUCGCCCUCGUCUACGGCGUCCGCCUCGACGAGCACUUUACCCGCUGGCUCGACGUGCUCAAGCUGUUCAGCCUGGACCUGUUUGGCGUUCAGCACUCGCAGCCGCGCAGGGCCCCGGGGACUCAAAGGCAAUGCAUCGCGAACAUGCGGCCCCCCAAGGCGUGGGUUAUGGUUGGCGAGGCUGUCGGCUCGCCCGUCGCCAAGGCGGACGCGCGCCGCGAGGCUGUGCUGUACGUGCAUGAGUUUGCGCUGCGGGGCGCCCGCCUCUCCUGGCUGGCGGAGGGCGAGGAGGCCUGCAUUGCCUCGAUGCUUGGCACGCCCAUUGAUCCGCUCGUGAUUCAAGACGCCGGCUCCGUCAACGAGGCGCUUCUCGACAUCGCCGUCAACCACUCCGCGACGACCACCGCCCGGCUGCACGCCUGCCACCGCCGGUCGUCGGCGCAGUCGCCGCCGCUCGCUGUGGCGCGCGGCACCGGAGAGGCCGAUGCGAGGCGAGGCGGCGGCGAAAGGGCGGAGACCGGCGGCGGCGGCGCUGCGGACGAGGCCGAGACCGAGGUCCUCCCCUCGUCGCUCGAGGCCCUCCCCUCGUCGCUGCUGCAGCUGAUCCUUUGCUUUUGCGGCUCGACGCGCGCAGCGGUGGGCCGCUCGUGCCCCCCCUCGGUUGUCUCGUACGACGAGCGCACGGGGCUGCUCCGCAAGACGUCGCGGCUCGGCAACCCUCUCGUGAUGCUCGGCGAGUCGGUGCGACCGAGCGUGCGGCGCGGCGGCCUGCUCGAGAUACACGAGCCGCGCCCCGUGUUUUUCGUCUUUCAGGCGCCCGGUGCGAGCACCUUCCUCGCCUUUGUCCUCAACGGCGCGCUGAUGGGCAGCCCCUUCCCCCUGCCCGCCCGCCGCACCGUGGUCGCAUGGCGCUUCUUCGUCCGCUUCGACGCCGUCGACGGCACCGCCGCCGCCGUCGUCGAGCUGCGGAUCGGCAAGGCAAUCGUCAGGUGGUCGCCCGAGCGGCCUCUUGUCCUCGUGAGCGGCGAGGUCGGCGCGGCGGCAACGGAUCCCAGCCGCUGGCGCUUGCGCGACUUUGGCGUCGGGUUUGAUCCCGGGACCGAUUGUCAGACGCGCGACAUCUUCGCCAGCUUGCCGCACCUCAUCUCCUGA